CUCAAAAUCUGUAACUGAGUAUAUCAGAUCAGAUGAGGACACUAAACCUUUUAUGGAUACAUAUCUUUAAGAGAAUGUGAGCAAGAUGAUAGCUAAAGAUUCAUCAUCAACCUUAUGGUUUCUCAUAUACCUAACCAUUCUUGGUGUUGUCUGUGCUCAAACAUGCUUGGAAACUGGUUACUUCAGACAAGAAAGCCUUUACGGUAUUAACCAUAGACUUAUCCUCACUUCUCUCCCCACUACAGUCUCAUCUCAAGACGGUUUCUACGCGUCUUCCGUUGGUCAAGAUCCGGAGAAAUCUUAUGCUCUUGGUAUGUGUAUCCCUGGCGCUGACUCUAACCUAUGUUCUGUUUGCGUCAAGGCUGCUUCUGAUGGGUUGUUACAAAGCUGUCGUAAUCAUACUGAAGCGUUCUGGUGGCGUGGCGAUAACGAGACGCUAUGUUUUGUCCGAUACUCUAACCGUUCUUUUGUUGGAUCUUUGGAUUUGGAGCCUUCGUUUGUUGUGAAUAAUUCGAGAGAAUCCAAGAGUUUGAAUUUGACGGAGCUUGUAGACAGUAUGAUAGCGACAGCGAGUUCUGAUUCUUAUGCGGCUGAUUCGAAAGCUUUGGGGGAUUCUCAAGUUGUGUAUGCAAUGAUGCAGUGUACUUCGGAUAUAUCUUCAGAGGAUUGUGAGACUUGUCUUCGCGGAAGCUUAAGUCAGUAUCAGUCAUGUUGCCUUGGGAAGCAAGGAGGUAUUGUUUCUCGACCAAGCUGUUAUUUCCGGUGGGAUCUUUAUCCGUUUUCUGGUGCUUUUGGUAGAAAUACUCUGUUUCCUCCAUCUUCAUCUCCACCGGUUAAUCAGACAGAUAAUGGUAAAACAACGAUUUCGACUGGAAAAAUUGCGGUUAUUGUCUCUGUAUCGUUUGCCUUUGUUGUCCUGGUUCUGUUUCUUCUAUGGUUUUGUGUAUGGAGGAGGGGAAUGUUACAUAGAGCAACUAAAGAUGGAAAUGUCACGGCUUCAAGCUCAGUACAAUUUGACUUUAAGACGAUUGAAGCUGCGACAAAUAAGUUUUCCGAGAGUAACAAGAUUGGUCGAGGUGGUUUUGGUGAAGUUUACAAGGGUAUGUUUCCAGACGGAACAGAAUUGGCUGUGAAAAGGUUGUCCAAAACAUCGGGACAAGGCGAUGAAGAGUUCAAGAACGAGGCUGUUCUUGUAGCCAAACUUCAGCAUCGGAAUCUUGUUAGGCUACUAGGAUUUUGCGUGGAAGGAGAAGAGAAAUUACUCAUUUACGAGUUUGUGCCCAACAAAAGCCUUGAUUAUUUCUUGUUUAAUCCAACACAGCAACGUGAGUUGGAUUGGGCUAUAAGAUUCAAAAUUAUUGGAGGGAUUUGUCGAGGAAUUCUUUAUCUUCAUCAAGAUUCACGGCUCACUAUUAUACAUCGAGACCUCAAAGCUAGUAAUGUUCUCUUAGAUUCUGAUAUGAACCCGAAAAUCGCAGAUUUUGGCAUGGCAAGGAUAUUUCAAAUAGAUCAAACUCAAGCCAACACGAGACGGAUCGUUGGGACCUAUGGUUAUAUGCCUCCAGAGUACGCGAUGCGUGGACAUUUCUCUGUGAAAUCCGAUGUAUAUAGCUUUGGAGUCUUAGUCCUUGAAAUAAUAAGUGGAAAGAGGAAUAGCAGCUUCAGUAGGAGUGAAGGUGGCAUUGACAAUUUGGUCACAUAUACUUGGACACUUUGGAGAAAUGGUUCGGCACUAGAACUAGUGGAUGAGUCCUUGGAAGCGAUUUAUCCGAGGGCCCAAGCCAUUAGAUGCAUACAUAUUGGUCUGUUAUGUGUUCAAGAAGACCCUGCACACCGUCCCAAUUUUUCAACAAUCAUCCUUAUGCUUAAUAGUAACACAAUGUGUUUACCGGUGCCUCGACAGCCAGGAUUUUUCUUACGGAGCAAUCCUACUAAUCGAAAUCAAGAAUCUAUCGGUGAAGGAUCAAGCAACUCUUGUUCUGUCGACAAUGCAACCAUUACUGAUAUAUAUCCUCGUUGAACGUUAGAACCAAAUAGCUCUCUUCUUCCAAAUUCUCAUAGAGAAAUUUUUUUUCACAUUUAUCAGCAUAAGAUGCAAAUCCGAUCUA